AGUUGGCUCACAGAGCAGUUGGAGGCUGGGGUGGAGAGGGGCUGCCCCAGGAUAGUGUGGUGAAGAGCUGAGAGCGCUGGGUUUGGUGGAGGUCAGACGUCACGUCACGUCACGCUGUCGUCUCUCGUCGGUCGCCGGACGUCCCACUGUCCUCAGUGCCCGUCGGACCCGUCCAGUGACCGGUCACCGACUGAGAGUCAGACAGUGUACUGCCGGCGCCGCCCGGGUCGGGUCACCGCUGAACGGGUCAACAGACGAGCGGCGAGUCAGAGGCCGGUCGAUACUGACGGAAGGGGCACGGACGCACCAUGACUGCUGAGCUGCAAGAAUAUAAGAAAAGAAAAUGGUCGGAACGAUACAAAUCGUCCUUGAAACAGCUCAAGCCAAUAAGGACAAAAUCCAAAGAGCCGAAGCACCUGAUGCCCGGCCCUGGCCGGGGUUUUCUCUCCCUCUACACUCUCUCAUGGAUGACCGGACUGAUGUGGAAAGCAUGUCGGGGUAAACUGAAGCCCGACGACAUCUGGACACUUCGGAAUGAGGACUCAUGCGAGACCAACUACAUCCGUCUGGAGCGGCAAUGGCGGCAAGAGGUGGCCGACAAGGGGCCGCAGAAUGCCUCGCUCACCAGGACGCUGAUUCGCACCUUCCGCACGCGCAUCGUCAUCACCACCGUCCUGCUGCUCGUCUCCAACUUCCUGGCGCUGCUCGGACCAUCGGUCCUGCUUCGUCAGGUGAUGCUGUACCUCAACUCGGGCUCUGCUCCGCUCGAGGAGGCCAUCCUUCUCGUGGUCGCUAUGUCCGUGGUCCGCCUCUUCUCUGCUUACUUCAUGUCGGCAGCGACCGGCAUCACUUCGGUCUUCACAAGUGUGAGGGCAUCCGGGGCUCUCCAGCUGAUGGUGUACCACAAGGUACUGCGGCUGGGCUCAGCCUCUGAACAGAUCCUCGGGAAGGUUGUCAACAUCUGCAUCAACGACAUGGAGCGCGUUAUUGAGGGAUUCCGGGUCGCCUCAUUCGUUGCCGCUGCUCUGUUCAUGACCGGAUACGGAUUUGUGGCGAACUUGGUGUAUGUUGGACCAUGGUCUCUGCUGGGAUUCAGCAUGGUCAUUGGAUCAUUUUUCAUCUUGGGCAGUAUCGGCGGAGCCAACAGCGUCCUGCGGAUGAAGGUAGUGAAGGUGACGGACAAGCGCGUGACCUUCAUGUCAGAGCUCUUGGCCGCCAUACGACUCAUCAAGACGUACGCCUGGGAGGAGAGCUUCAAAGAGCAGGUCGACAAGAUCCGCAGGGAGGAGGUGAAGGUGAUACGACGCACCACGUUCCUUCAGUCAAUCUCCACCACCCUGGCGCCCAUCAUACCGGUCCUCGCCACGGCCACCUCAGUCAUCGGAUACAUUGCCAGCGGAAACGAACUGAGGGCAGCGGAGGCGUUCACAAUGUUCUCCGUCUUCAACAGUCUUCAGAUGGCCAUCGGGGUCCUCCCCUACGGCAUCCGCAUGCUGACGGAGACCCACGUGGUGCUCCGGCGAAUCCAGCGUAUGCUGCUGAUGAAGGACGUCGAUAUGGUCACGGCGCACUGCGACUCUGGCAGUGCCAUCGAGAUCGAGAAAGCCACCCUGGCCUGGGAGAAGCCAGUGGUGGAAAAGGAAAAGAGCGAUAAACCAAAACGUAACCAGUCGUCCAAGUCGCUGUCACGUGACCUGUCGGCGCCGCAGCUGCCUUCGCUGCCGUUGGGGGAGCGUCUACGAUCUCUGAGCUCCCGACGGCGCGCCCGGGACGCGGACAAAGCGCUGGACGCCGAGGCGGCCACUGUCAUCAACGUGGUGCUGACCGAUGUGCAGCUGACGGUGCCGCGCGGCCGCCUGCUCGGCGUGGCCGGCGCCGUCGGCAGCGGCAAGUCGUCCCUCGUCGCCGCCAUUACCGGACAGCUGCAAGUGCUGUGUGGCUCUGUGCGUCGCGCCGGUUCCCUAGCCGUGGUGCCGCAGCGAGCCUGGAUCUUCAACGGUACCGUGCGAGAGAACAUCGUGUUCGGCCGGCCGUUCGUGGCCGAUCGGUACUGGCGCACGGUGACUGUGUGUGCCCUGCAGUCCGACCUCGACCUCAUGGAGAACGGCGACCUCUCCGAGAUCGGCGAGCGAGGCGUCAACCUCAGCGGUGGCCAGAAGCAGCGCGUGAACCUGGCGCGCGCCGUGUACGCCGAUGCCGACAUCUACCUGCUGGACGACCCGCUGAGCGCUGUCGAUACCAAGGUCGGACAGCACAUCUUCCAGCAGUGCGUGUGCGGCGAACUCAAGGACAAGACCGUGGUGCUCGUCUCGCACGGUGUUCAGUAUCUGUCGCACUGCGAUGAGGUGGUGUACAUGCGAGACUGCAAGCUGGCCGAGCGCGGCACCCACGAUCAGCUGAUGGAGCUGCAGGGCGGCUACUACCAGCUGGUCAGCUGCGACGCCGCCAGCCAGCAGCAGGAGCACCAGAAGAAACCAGAGGACGGCAAGAAGGCAGAAGAAAAGGCCGCCACUGAUGCCAAUGGUUCUCCCGGUGGAAGGUUCACCACUACCGAAAAGUUCGUCUCCACUGCAGGGAUCUUGAAGAACUUUGCUGUGUUCUUUAAGCUGUGCGGUCUCUGCGGGAUGAUGAUGCUUUCCACGCUGAUGCUGAUGUGUGGCGCAGGCCGCACCGGUACCGCUCUAUAUCUGCAGUACUGGAUUGACGCAGGGGACGGCCUCAUGGAGGAGCGGAUCAAGAACAUGACGCUGUACAACGUCACAUACGACCCGGGCGAGCUGGCUGGGGCUAUCAACGACAGUCCCCAUGUGGACUACUACAUCCUCGGAUACGCGGGGGUCACCCUUCUGCUUGUCCUCAUCGGUCUGGUCAGGGUGGUGCUUCACAACGUGUGCGUGGUGCGUGGGGCCAGGCGCCUACACAACAAGAUGAUCGACAGCCUGGUGCGCUGCAAGAUGUCGUUCUUCGACAGCACUCCGUCGGGGCGCAUCAUCAACCGCCUCUCCAAGGACAUGGACACCGUGGACAACCGCAUCCCUGAGCUGUUCGAGUUCAUCGGUCAGCGGCUUCUGAUCGUGAUAACCCAGCUGAUGGUGCCUAUCGUGGCAUUCCCGUAUUCCGCACUCAUCGUGGUCUUCAUAUUUGCAAUGUAUGGCAUCAUUUGGCGCUGCCUGGUGGCCGGAGUCCGGUGCACGAAACAGAUCGAGAACGUGGCCCGAUCCCCUCUGCUGCACCAUCUGAGCUCCACGGUCGGGGGGCUGACCGUCAUCCGCGCCUACGGAAAGGAGAGCAUGAUGAUUGACAAGUUCGUCGACCUCCUGGACCGACACUCAUCGACUAUGAUGACGUUCCGCAUGUCCAACUCGUGGUUCACGCUGCGCGCCGAUGAGCUCGGCGUGGCCAUGCUGGCUGUGAUCGGUUCGGUGGUGCUUCUGGUGCCUGGUGCCUCGUCCGCUGAGGCCGGCCUGAUUCUCAGUCUGGUGUACGACUCGAUCCUCGUCAUGCCGUUUCUUAUAAUGAGGUGUUCCGACCUCGCCGCCUUCCUGUCUGCGGUGGACCGUUGUACGGAGUAUUGUCAGGAUCUUGACUACGAGCCACCAGCUGAGAUGCCCGGUGACGAGAAGCGCGAGGGUCGCUGGCCGUCCCAAGGCGCCAUCUGUCUGGAGGGAGUCAGUCUGCGAUACCGGCCCGACCUGCCGCGCGUGCUGCACGGCCUGUCGCUGAACGUGCCGGCAGGGGAGAAGGUCGGCAUCGUCGGCAGGACGGGUGCAGGCAAGUCGACCCUUAUCUCGACCCUGCUGCGCCUCAUGGACCUGGAGGAGGGCCGUGUCCUGAUCGACGGGGUGGACAUCUCAGAGGUGGGCCUGCGCCAGCUGCGCUCCAACAUCGCCGUCAUCCCGCAGGACCCGGUGCUCUUCACCGGCACCAUUCGCCAGAACCUGGACCCGUUCGACCAGAGCUCGGACGCCCAGGUGUGGAGCGCCCUGGAGCGCUCCGGGCUGCGCUCCAAGGUCUCCCAGCUGCCGCUGCAGCUGGCCACGCCUCUCACCCCGGACGCGGACACCUUCAGCGUCGGCGAGCGGCAGCUGGUGUGUCUGGCGCGAGCGCUGCUGCGCCACGCGCGGGUGCUGCUGCUGGAUGAGGCCACCGCCUCGGUGGACGUGCAGACCGACUUCUUUAUCCAGCGUACCAUCCGCGAGGACUUUCACGACUCGACCGUGAUCACGAUCGCGCAUCGGCUCAACACCGUGCUCGAGUACGGCAUGAUCGUGGUUAUGCACGAAGGACGGAUCGCCGAGCUGGGUUCUCCUGCCGAGCUGGCCGACCGCGCCGACUCCCAGUUCCGCCAGAUGCUGCGCCAGGCCGGCAUCACGUCUGUCACCAAGUCGCCGGCGCUGCCGCCGCUCGCCCGGCAGGACACAGAGUCCGACCUCAACCAUACGCCGGGCUCCACGCGCGUCAAGUUUGACUUUGGGGACGACGUGACGACACCGAACGGUGGCAGCCGCGCAGAGACGCCCGGCAGCUGCGGGGAUGACGAGGUGCUGAUCGCUAAGGGCGACAGCGACGGCAAGGGGUAUGUUAACGAGGUCACUCACCUGUAGGAAGGUCUCCGGAGAGGGAAGCAGCGUCAGAUGAGGAUGACGGGCUGGUCUUCCACCGUGAACCUGAACACCUUCCUCUGAUGCCUACCGCUGCGAACGAUAAUCUGUCCCGGGCAGCUUCACUGGGCAUAAGUGCGUCUGUCAUACCUACUUGAUUCGUCCCAGGUUGUGUACGCUCUUGGCCUUUACGUGCGCUUCCGAGCAGUGAGCAGAAGAGUGACAGUAUGCCUUCAUUGAGCCUACCAAACCUUUGACUGUUUGCAAUGUCAAGAAGUGCUUUCACUUGUAUGGCCAACCACUAUCGUUUCAUCAACAAACCCAGAAGACACCAAGUGUCCUCCGUUUGUCGCCCUUAGGUUGCACCGUUGCACUCACCUGUAAAGUAUUUUGUAGUUUUCUUCUAUAAGCCACCUCAUCAUUUAUUGUUAGGCUGAUACUGCAUUGCUGUCGAAGGAUGCUUUGUCGUACUUUCCCAUGCUCGCGAACUGUCAAUAGCCCAUAAUGAACGACGAAUACCUAUGUGUCUUCGUCCUUAUUCUAUAUAUUUGUAUUUACUUGCCUUUUUCUUCUCUAUGUCAGUGUCAAGAACACAAGCGACGAACUUUGUUUGAUGACAUGCUGGUAUGCACUUCUAAUAAGACGUGUGUCACUUCACUCUGUGACGUGUGGUGGCAUGGCACUACAGGGACCAAAUCACUAUGUAUAUUACACUUAAUAACCCGCGCCCCGUUGAGGUCUGGCAGGGUGGUGUGUUAACCAUGUUGUCGCUCUUGUUGAAUAGAUGUGAAGGUACUUGACAAUAGAAUAUAUCCUGAGCUAUCAUAAUCGGCAGCGUGUUGUUAUUUUCGACGCUUUUCCGAAUGUCGUCAAUAUGCGUCAAUAUUCGUCAUAAAGUCAGUGGAAUAGAUGUCAAUGCCUGCAAGACAAACGAAUAUGUGAUUGAUAUUUGCAGCUACGUUAGAUUUAAAUCAUCGUUUACGAUACAACUGUGGAAUCAACGCACUGGAUCUGAUGAUUCAGCAACGUACGUCUGUGAGAAAAUAUCGCUUCGGUCUCCUAGCUGAGCGGCGGAACUGUGUGGAAUUGUGUGUACUGAUCAGCCUUGCAGAUUAGAUGCACCGACCACUCGUUACCUUCAGCCGUGCGCCACGCCGGAGCGAGGAACCCGUCCCUGGCAGAGGAUCAAAGGAAGACGAAUGACAAUGUGAAACCUGUUUGUGUGGUGGUGGAUAUGCGUAAAGGAGAUUAGAAGCAGACAAUAGCACAAAAUAACGUAGUGUGGUGGUGGAACAAUAGCGUAGGGAUAGACGGGUGAAGGUUAGACCGAGAUACGCGUGGGCUCGUAAACAGCGGGGGACUGGAGAACAAUCGAUAAUGUAUAGAAUGUCAUUAUAAAAACGGGCGUGCAAGAGCUACUAACGACUGUUGGUGGGAUAUAAAAGAGCUCUCCUUCAAACCGGGGACACUCUCUCUGCAGUCCGAAACACUGUGCAGUGCUCCGACUCGGCGGUACGCUCCACCAGCAACCCCACAAUGUAAGUCGUGAAUUGCAUUACCUUUGGUCGGCCGUGCCGACCAAAGGUGAGGUAAUACCUCAUCCCCACUAACGUUCUCUAUUUACAGAUACUGAUUCCGGCGACAACAGGCCCAGGCUAUUCACCGAGCUACCCUAGUAUUCUUUACAGGUUUUACAGUUUCCCCUAGCACUUUCCACAGGUCCAUAGUACGUACGAGGUGAACCGGGCCGAUGAACUACACGGCGUUAUCGUGUCCGUUUAACUUCUUCCUUUUACAGAGCGCAAGACUACGGCCUACGGAUGGAGCCACCAACAAACACUCCCCCGAUGCCAAGGCUCAGCUUUACCCGCCCCAAACCACCGAAAAGCUCGGUACAUAAUCGAGCGACCAAUAAGCGCUCUACACUUUGGUGAUUCUGCCAUUUUGGUUUGGCACUGUUUCGGCAUUCUGUUUCGAUUACUUUUGGCACUGUUUUGGCAACUUGUUCGGCACUGUUUCGGCCCAUUCCGUUCCGAAUACUUGUUCGGCACUGUCUUGACACUGUUUCGGUCAUUCUGUUUUCGGUAACCUUGUGCUUCGGCAUAUUGUUCGGUUAUGUGUUUUUAGCACUCUAUUUCGGCCACCUUUAUUUACUACCACGGUAACAUAUACCGUGUAUUCUCAAGCCUGAAUCCGCCCUUUUUGGCAAUGUUUACUUUUUGGCUUCUACGGACUCCAGGCAUUGUUCAAUCAUUGACGUUUACCCUUUCGGCCUGUUUGAAUAUAUUUUAUCCCACUG